AUGACUGCUAGCCCAUCUCUGAAUAUCGAAUCCAACUCUUCUUCAAGCAACUCUCCAAACAAGAAACGGCGUAGAGCCAGAUCAAGCAACCCUGUUCCAGCUGAGCCUGAAGCAACAGAGAAGUGCCUGGUCACAGGAGACUCGGUGACUGAGUCUCCGAUCCAUCUCUGCCAUGUCUUUCCUGAGUUGCACUGGAGCAACCAUCCUCUGUUAUCGCGUCUUGAAUGGGCGUGGGGAAUGAAAUAUGAUACCAUUCAGAUGGAUACGGACUCCAACACAAUACCGCUCCGUCAUGAUUGGCGGAAAUUAUUUGAGUCUGGUCGGUGGGCUCUAAUGCCCUCGAUGGAUAUGAUCGACAAAUUGUGGGAUCGUUGGAUCAAAUUCCCUCUUAGUCAGGGUAAUGUUCCAUCGAUAGAGGAUAUGUACAACGGGGCGGAGACUUUUGAGUACCGUCUUGUGCCGCUUUUUCCCGAUGUUCCUCCCAUUUCUCCCCGCAACAAAGUUGAAGAUGUCCCAAAGGGCAAGUGCGAUGAAGAUGCAGGCGCUUCUACCUAUUCAUAUCCCUUUGACACAUUGCCGCCAAUAUUUGCAAGAGUGAAGCCUCACUUCGUGAUUUACGACACUGGCCAAAAGCUCGAAGCGACCUUCUCCGAAUGGACCGAAACUACAUCGAUCAUGGCUUGUAUCUAUGGAGUCACCUACAAAAAGGCCGAGUUUGCCAAUACGGUGGUGUACCAAACGUAUUGCACAUGGGAUCGCCCUGCUCACCCUGCGACCUUUGUGACAUCACCUCGAAGGAUUGAUUCGAGGCCGCGCUCAGGCCUUAUUACACCCGGCCAACUAAGCUCUGCAAAUCAACGUGCUAGCCGUCCUCCGAAACGAUUCAGGAUAUCUGAUGAUAUCGACUCUGUGUGCCUGCAGCCGAAUGUUGUUCGAUAUGCCACCUCCCUCUCGCGUGUCUCUCCAUGUGGAUCGGACGUUUUGAUUGUAGGCGAUUCUGGGUGGGAUACCGAGGUGGACCCGGAAUUUGAGAAAAUACACCUCCGCCGUGUAAUCAAAGCCGUGAAACGGUGGGUUAGGGAGUGUCAUCGGGAGGCUCUGUCAUCGGGCGGGUGGGUGUCUUGUUUCACCCACGAUGAACAGGUGAAGAGAUAUCGUCAAGAGCCGGCUCGAAAAAUGAUUUCAACAAUGUAG